AUCACAGAAAUAGUUUCUCCCACCCCUCCGACACGUGGUAAGUGGUAGAGUCCAGAGAGCGCGAGCCUCCGAACUGUUUUGGUUGUCAAGGAGCGGAAACUGGAAUCAGUCAGUGUUUCAAUGAUGGAGAAGAUGAGCGAAGAGAACGUGGAGGAGGUGACGGUGCUGGAGGCUCAGAUCGAGCGCCUCCAGGCUGAAGUUGCAGCCUUGCAGGCCCAACAGCAGGACAACCAGAAGGACAUAACAUUCCACUUCAGAGGUCAAAUGCAGGAUGCCAUGUCGUACAUGUGUGGACAGAAAGAAGAAGGGGAGAAGGAGAAGUUGCUGUCAAGGCUGAAGGAGGAGGUGGAGGAGCUCGAGGAGGAUCUGAAGCAGCAGACUCAGAUGAAUGGCAUCAGUCUGAACAGCUGCUUCACAAAGACUCUGCAAAGCAGUGGCAGGAAGCAGGUCCAGCAGCUCUGUAUAUCAGGUCACUGCUCUGAAGGGGUCUUCCAGGUGGAGUUCCAGCUCUCUGAGGUCAAGGAGGGUCAGGGUACUCAGAGGACGAUCAAUGAUCUGAACGUGGUGAUGGACGCCAGCAACCUGCAGAACUUCAGCAGUUUCCUUUCUGGUGUGGAGGAGAGCAGGGAUCUUCUGCUGUUCUUCAGGACCCUCAGGACUUUCUCAGACAGAUGUGAUGACCGGUGCAGAACCUUCCAACACUUCCAGGAGAAGUACCCGUCUGUCGUCUCUCUUCCUGCAGGAUGCAGGUCAGAGGUCAUGACCCUGAACCACCCGGAGCUCCCUGGCUGCGUCUUGUUCAUUCACUGGUCAGUCGAGGUGUCCAGAGAGGGUGCAGUCACCCCAAAGAUCGAGCUGCUGACAAAGAUCCCUGAUACAGCGCUGCAGUUGUUUCCCUCUCAGGCUGUAGGCAGCGCUGCUGAGGCCUUUCAGAGCCUGCUGAGGAUUCUGGGACCUGAAGCCGCCAUGGAGGCCGUCAUCAUGGCGGUCAGCCUCUCUCAGGACACAUAACU